AUGUCACUGAUUUGUUCAAUUUCAGGAAUUACUCCUGAAGAUCCCGUGAUCUCAAAAACCGGGUAUGUCUUUGAAAGAAAACUCAUAGAAGAGUACAUAAGAUGUAACAACAGCUGUCCAAUUACAAAGAGCGAACUUUCUUUGGAUGACUUGAUUCAAGUUAAGUCCACAAGUAGUUUCAAACCAAGACUAAUUAAGAAUACAAGUAUUCCAGGCAUUCUUGACUCUCUCAGAACUGAAUGGGACGCAAUGGCAAUGGAGAUGUUCGAACUUAGAUCUGAACUUGAGCAGGCAAAAGCACAACUAACUCACAGCCUUUAUCAACAUGAUGCUGCCUGCAGAGUGAUUGCCAGAAUUACCAGAGAAAAGGACCAAGCUAUCAAUAGGUUGGCUGAAAUUGAAAAUAGUAUUCAUGAAAAAGAUGAAAACAAUAAUGAAAGUCUUCCAAGUGGGGGAGGAAAAAGAUUUAGAGCCCAGGAGAACUUUGUUGAUAUUCCAAAGAAUAUUGAGAAUCUUUUUACCGAAUAUUCUGAAAAAAUGAGGCCGAUCCGGAAAAGGCAGUCUUUCCCAGACCUUAAACCUGCUGAGCAGGUCAGAGAGUUCUCUUUAAAGAAAGAAGUGAAACUUAAAGGUAGUUCCAAGCUGGAGGUUGGAGUAGCUUUCAAUGACCAAAUUUAUGUUUCUGGAAUGGAAAACGGUGAGAUCCUUGUCUCGUGUGUUGACUUUGAUGUUGAAGAGGUAUCUUCUAUCCCUAUAAGCUAUCCGCAAAACUGUGAAAAGGCUGUCUCUAUUUCUGUGAUCGGAAAAUUCUCAGGAGAUCACUAUUCCUCACAAAGUACUAACCAACUUCCUCUAAAUGUUCUUGCCUGCUUCCAAAACUCAAGCAAAAUUCAUAUCUUCUCCAGGAACCAAGAAGACGAUAAGUCAUUUAACUCCCACUUACUUAUGGAUUUCAAUUCUUCAUUUGAAUCCGAUCUAGUUAUUGACUCUCUUGAAAAGCAUCCUAUGGGAAUACACAUAAUUGCAAACUCCUCAAAUAAAGGGCUGUUUUCUAUGUUUGACCUGGAAUCCAGAAAACAGCUUCUUCUUCAUAAACUUGAGCAAAAUCACUCAUAUUCACAACUUAAACCACACCCUGACGGGCUUAUUCUGGGUGGAAUCGCACCAAGUGGAAACCUUAUCGAUAUCUGGGAUAUAAGAAACGUUGAAAAAGCUUCUUCCCUCGAAUAUUCUUUCAGAAACAAUAAUCAACUUACCAACCCAAAUAUAAACAGGAACUCUAGCCUUUGUUUCUCCAAUAAUGGUUACUACUUGCUUUCUACUUCCCUUGAUAAUCAAAUCCACUUGUGGGACCUCAGAAAAUCUGCUAUUCUAGAUUCUCUAGAACUUUCCACACUCCCUGGAAGCUCCAACUUAAUUCUGCAUAUAGAUGAAAGCGGAAAAUACGCCUCCUGUUCAAGUGAUAAUCACUUCUCAAUAUUCUCCCUCUUCAAUAAACACAAAAUACAACUUAUCUCAUCUUUUUCCAAUAUCUCAAAUAAUAAUUCUCCCGACAUUAUCCACCACGUACAUUUCAACCAAAAUCUCAGUUCUUUCUCUUCACUAUGCCAAAGUGGAGUUGUUCGCAUGUGGACAGAUAAUCACACGUAA